UACAGCAACCGCCAGUAUCCGGGCAGACCUGGCACGGGCUGGCCAAUCAGGGAAAAAGAAAAGCCGAGUCUGCCUCUCGCCCGAGACCCACUUUCUUUUUCUCUUUUAUUUUCGAGACCGAAAGUGGCCGAGAUGCGCGGCGGGGCAGAGACGCGGCCGGGAUUUUGCUCUCCGGGAGCCGCCCGAGCAAAGAGGGGGACCCCUUAACCCUUUGCAGGGAGCCAGGCACUUCCGGGGGCUUCCCUUCUGUUUUGGUGCUUCUUUUCCGGCGUGCAAAAUGCUCCUUUUCUGUUUGCAAUUGGAUCGAGCCGUCUAAGGAGAGCGGAGCGUUGCAGGCCGAAGGAUUUGCAGCCCGGGGAGGAAAUAGGGCACCGAUGCCAUGGCGGAUGACAGCGGCCUGUUGGCAAAGAUUGUGGAAAACGGGAGUGAAAUUUUGGAGGCCGAGGCGCAGGGAGACUGCAGCACAGAGCCGAACACCUUGCUGCAGAAGCUGAAGAGCGCCAUCUCAAAGUCUAUCCAGAGCAAAGUGGACUCCAUCUUGCAAGAUGUCCAGAAGUUUUCAGACUACGCCAAACUUUAUCUGUAUCUUCAGCUGCCUUCUGGGCCAAGUUCAGGAGAAAAAAGCUUGGACCUCAUUUCUCUCAAUUCAGCAGAACAGAUGCACGCCUGUACCUGGAUACGGAACCACCUGGAGGAGUAUCUCGACACCUGCUUGCCGAAGCAAGACGUAUACGAUGCUUACAAGCGCUACUGCGACAACCUCUGCAGCCGCUCGCUGAGCGCAGCCAACUUUGGCAAGAUCAUCAGAGAGAUCUUCCCGAACAUCAAGGCGAGAAGAUUGGGGGGACGUGGGCAAUCCAAAUAUUGCUAUAGUGGGAUCCGUCGCAAAACAGUGGUCAACAUGUCUCCGCUGCCCAGCCUGGACCUUAAAGAAACAGAGACCCUGGAGCGAACGGAGGCCGCCCCCUCCUACAACGACAAGGUGAUGGAAGCAGCCUGCACCCUGACCUGCAACUGGGCCGAGAAGAUCCUCAAGCGCUCCUUCGACAGCAUCGUGGAGGUGGCCCAGUUCCUCCUCCAGCAGCACCUGAUCAGCUCCCGCUCGGCCCAGGCCGACCUAAUCAUGGCCACCGUAGUCACAGAGCAUCCCGAGAGCUCGUGGGGCAAGCGUCCUCCCCCAAAGAAAAGCGAGCCUGAAGCCGUGGAAAAUGCAGCCAAAACACAACCUCAGGCUAAACCAGACAACGCGCCCAAGCCCUCGGCCCCCUCCCCACGGAGCGAAGCCAAGAAGCCGGCGGACGUGCCCCCCAAGAAGGCCAGCAGCCCGCAGGUCAACGCCUUGGUGGCCCGUCUCCCUUUGUUGCUUCCCCGUGUGCAAGUCCAGCCCGGGGACCGCUUGGUGGUGUCUCCUGGGACGGCGGCUGUCCACUCUCCCCACCCCGUCCUGGCUCCUAAGCUUACCCCCACCCCGGUGGGGGGGACGGUUAAAAUGGCGCUGUCUGUGGGGACACCCCCUUCCACUCUGCUAGCCUCGGCCGUGAAUGGACCCACCAGCCUGGUCAGCCAGCCGGCCGCUGUGCCGGUCAUCAACAUGGUGCCGGUCAUCAAUGUGGCGGUCCCACCCGUAGCCGACAACCGGCCAAAGCCCAAAAACACCUCUGGAGGAGCCAGUGCAGUGUCCAGCACUGAAGCCGGGCGGAGCCCUUGUGAACCGCAGAAAAUCAGGAGCCCGACCAAGCGGCCAGCAGACCGACCCGGGGAGGUGACCGUGAAGAGGAAGCGUGGCCGCCCGCGGAAAAAGCCGGACGAGCCUCAGCAUCCUCCGGAGAACAGCAUCCUCCAGAAAGAGCUCUCCAAAGGCAAGGCGGAGUCAGAGCCCGUCGUGGUGUCUGCAGGCGGGAAAGAGCCCCCCGUGGCUUCGAACUCUCCCCCCCAGACCUUGAGAAAAGAGAGUUCCCAGGCAGAGGGCCCCCUGGGAUUGGAGCCCAAGAAACCAGCCCCCGAGCAACUGAGGGAGGAAGCCCCGGUCGGGACCAGGAACCUCAUUGUGGCUGCCCCCAGGAAGAUUUCGCCCUACCACCUCAGCGUCAUCCGAACCAGGAUGUCGAGUCCCCUAAUCCUGCCACCGCCGCCGCCCUUCGGACGGGCUUUACCAGAGUCCCCGCCACUGGACCAGGCAGACAGGCACGACUCCUCCGAAGACGAUCUGCAGCCCACGGAUCUUUCCCUUAAGUCUCGUCCGCCACUAUCCAAGGACUAUCCGACAGGCUCAGGCUCCUGGGCGGCCACAGGACGUUUGCAGUGGAUUGGCUCAGACCGCAAAAAGUCGGCAGAGGCGGCUGGCAGCUCAGGGGCGACAAGGCAAGGCCCCAGCUGAUACCUCUCCCCGUUCCCGGCCUGCGUCCGUCCACGUUUCUCCCAAAGACAAACCCCAGCGCACGUGUGUAGAAAGGGAAUGCGGAAGAGCAUGAGCCUGCAAGACGCUUCCCUCCACCUCAUUUGAUCACCGAUGCUUCUCUUCUCCAAAGGCUCCAGGUGGGAAAGGCAAAGGGGGGGGGGCUUCAGCAGCCGCCAAGUCAAGGCACGGGGAAGAGCAAAGCGGUCUUCAGGAAAACCGUGGGCAGCGCUCCUAGAAAUCCCCUUCUUUGCUAGAGGCAGAACGAGGAGGAGGAGGAGGAGAAGCUUCAUUCCCAGAGUUUGACAUUUGGGGGGGGCUUAUAUUUCACCUGGGAGGGAGCUGGAGGGGGGGGGUGUUGUGGCAUUUCAUGCGGAAAUCCUGUGGACACCAGCAGCCUUUUGUGUUUAUAGAGACAAUCAUUUCACAGCCAGCUUCCCAAAGAUUUUGCUCUCCCGUUCUGCUUUGUGGUGCUUCCAAGCUGAAGUUUAAAAACCGGGGACAGUUUCACUUCACGCCUGAUUCUGUUGGAAGUCUAGGCUUUUUUUGCUCUUUCUCUCUUCCUCACCCUCCCUUUUCCAUUUAUUGCUUUGUUUGUCAAUCCUGAAUAAAGUUAUGCAGAGUUUUUCUUUUCUUAAAAAAA